UGAGCGCACGGGGAAGUCUCUCGGUGUCCCGGUCCGUCAGUCAGUGCGUCCGCCGCCGGCUGCUGAGCGUCUUCUCUGCCUACAUGCACGAAGUGGGGCUGCAGACAAGAAGCAGGACCGUGUGUGGGAUCUAUUAUUCGUAGUGCGUGAACACCUGGAUUUACGAAAGACCCAUUUUAUUUUGUCGACUUCUCGGCGUGAGAAACAACCUGUCAACAUGUCUCGCGCUCCAGAUGACGUGAGCAAGCUGACUGAAAAUACAUACAAAAAUGUGAUGGAGCAGUUCAACCCCGGCCUGAGGAACCUGGUCAACCUGGGGAAGAGCUAUGAGAAGUCAGUCACAGCCAUGAGUCUCGCUGGGAAGACCUACUUUGAAGCAGUCUCAAAGGUUGGAGAGAAUGCAAUCCUGUCUCCAGUCUCCAGAGAUCUCGGUGUGGUUCUGAUGGAGAUCUCCGAGGCCCACAGGAAGGUCUUCAGUGAACUGGAAGAGAACUUCAAGAGGUUCCACAAGGAGAUUAUCAUCGAGCUGGAGAAGAAGACAGAGAUGGAUGUGAAGUACAUGAACGCCACCUUCAAGCGCUAUCAGUCAGAGCACAAGCUGAAGCAGGACUGCCUGGAGCGCUCUCAGACAGACCUGAAGAAGCUCAAGAGGAAAAGCCAGGGAAAGCACUCGUCCAAGUAUGAGAUCAGAGAGAACGAGUAUGUGGAGACCAUCUCGUCGCGGCAGGUGGACAUGCAGAAGUUCAUGGCCGACGGCUGCAGAGAGGCCUUACUGGAAGAAAAGAGACGCUUCUGUUUCCUGGCGGACAAACACUGCAUGUUCUCCUAUCAAAUGUGCAACUUCCACGAGAAAGCCAGAGAGAUACUGGCUGCGAAGCUCCCCAGCUGGCAGGAGAAGUGCAGCGACAUCUCCAAGGUGCCUGACACGGUGACGAACAUGAUCGACGAGAUGUCCUGCACUCCAGAACAAUCGCCGCUGGUUGAACGCUACAACAAGAACAAUGUGCAGUCAGGGGCGCCUCCUCCAGCGCCACCACUGAAGGCACAGAUCAGUCCACUCGCCAACAUGUUCAACCAAGAGCCCAGGUUCUCGCUCACACCGCCUUCAGAGGCCAACUCAGACCAGUACAGUCUUGGAGAGGUCAGCCUGUCCCGGUCGACAUCCCAGUCGUCCGGUCUCAAUGUGAGCAAGAAGGCUCGAGUCAGGACCAUCUUUCCCCACACGGCGGGCAACAACCAAACACUCCUCAGUUUCGACGAUGGCGACAUCAUCAGCCUGCUCAUCCACGAAGAGAAGGACGGCUGGCUGUACGGAGAGCUGGAGAAGACACAGCAGCGGGGGUGGUUUCCCUCAUCUUACUGCCGACCGUACACUGAGCCAGUGAUAUCACACAGCAAUCUUGGCACGCCGAUGCGUAGUCUGAGUGUGGCCAGUCUGCAAGAGCAGGAUGAGGAGGAGCCGGUGCUGCUGCCGCCCCCAGACUACAGCGACGACGCCCCCCCAAUGGUCCCCUCAACGCCCUCGCCACGCAGCAUGGUUUCUUUAGUCAAUGGGACUGCAAAGGCUCCCUUUCUUGGAGGAGGGAAUCCGUUUGCCACGGUCAAACUGAGGCCGACAGUCACGAAUGACAGAUCAUCGCCAAACGUCUAACAUGAGAAAAAAAGAAAAGGAUUUUCACCGCUGUCAUGCCUUCAGGGGAAUCAUGCAACAUGGGACCCCUGCGACACACUGAAUACCACCCCGACCCGACAUCUCACCAGCCUGCAUGCUAGUCCCUCUCAGUCCGCUCCAUUAAAGGGAUCCAUCGCUUCUUGGCGUGUGUUCGACUGUGCCCGUGUGCGUUUUGCAUUAGUCACAACAGGGAAACAGAAUCAACACACGGAGAAGCAGGAACUCUGCAAAGUUCUGUCGUACAAAGAGUUUGUGUUAAAGUAACAGUUCAUCCCAAAGUGAAGAUUUUUCAAAUUGCGUUUCCUGUGGCAGCUUCACAAUAAAAGCCACCCCGAGUUUCGGCAGUUGAGCGCUUUUAAUGUGAAGCAGUGACCGUUUGCUGUUGCUGUUACUUCAGCUCUGAUACAGUGUAAAGCAUAGGUCAACAGGGGGGGGUCCGCGCCCCCCAGGGGGUCCGCAGAGGUUGUUUGUAGAUAAAGCAAUUAAAAAAAAAAACUUAAUAACAUUUUUCAAUUUAAAAUAAAAAACUUUACA